GAUUGGUUAUUGUCAAAACUCAAAAGUGCUUCAAACCUUUAUAAAUGCUGAUUCCUUUGAAAGCCUAGAGGCCAUAGCAGUAGAACGAGAAUACCUCCUGGCUCCUGCAAGCGGCAAAACCGACUUCGAAGCUUCAAGGCUGUUCGGCGACAUACGUGAUACGACCAAUCUAUAUUAACACCUCUAUAUAUAAGCUCAUUGUGUGAGAUAGGCUCUGAUUCUGAAAUGCUCAGCCCAAUGGGGCUUCGAGACUCAUUUUGGAAAUUCCUAUUCUCAUCAUUAUCAGUCUUUUAGAUUUUUAGCUACUAUUUUGCCGCGACAAACAUUCUUAGUGAUUGAUGUUCAUGUCCUAGUUAUCCUUCAAGUAUUUAACGCCUCUUUCUCGGGUAGCCGACCAGCGGCGCUGCAACAAUGCUAGAGAUACCAAUGGAACCAAUCAAUGUAUUGAUUCUUGAGAGAGCUCCAGCGGAUGGGACUCCAAUGGAAGCUGGAAAUUUGGGAACCGAAAAUGGUGAAGAUGAUGUUGCAGAGGUGGAAUGGUUAACGCACCAUGUUGAUGAAAUGAUGGGAAAGGUUGAUGAGCUUGAGCGAAGAGUGAAUGAGGUGGCUCAGUUCUACUCAUCAUCAAACAAAAAGCUGCCAAACAGUUCUAAAGGUAGUUCAAUUGUGAAGGAUAAGGACAAGGAGAAACUGAAUCCAAGCAUCAAGAAGCAGCAGCAAGAUGCAACACAGAGAGAAGCUGCCGCUGCAAAAAGGAUGCAAGAACUUAUGCGUCAAUUCUCCACAAUAUUGCGUCAGAUCACUCAGCACAAGUGGUCAUGGCCCUUUAUGGAGCCUGUAGAUGUUGAAGGUCUUGGCUUGCCUGACUACUAUGAGGUUAUUGAAAAGCCCAUGGAUUUUAGUACAAUAAAGAAUCAAAUGGAAGCUAAGGAUGGCAGUGGCUAUAAGAAUGUCCGAGAAAUCUGCACUGAUGUGAGGUUGGUUUUCAAGAAUGCAAUGACAUAUAAUGAAGAAAAAAGUGAUGUUCAUGUGAUGGCCAAAACUUUGUUGGCAAAAUUUGAGGAGAAGUGGCUUCAACUUUUACCUAAAGUUAUUGAAGAGGAGACAAGGCGAAAAGAGGAGGAAGCAGAGGCACAGUUAGGUAUGCAGCUUGCUCAAGAAGCUGCUAAUGCAAAGUUGGCGAGAGAUACAAGUAGUGAGAUUUGUGAGGUUGAUAUGCAUUUGGAGGAACUCAGAGAAAUGGUAGUUCAAAAGUGCAGAAAAAUGUCAACAGAAGAGAAAAGAAAACUUGGUGUAGGCCUCAGCCGGUUAUCUCCCGAAGAUCUCAAUAAGGCAUUGGAGAUUAUUGCACAGAAAAAUCCAAGUUUCCUAGCCACUGCCGAAGAGGUGGACCUUGACAUGGAUGCUCAGAGCGAAUCAACAUUAUGGAGGUUGAAGUUCUUUGUAAAGGAGGCGUUAGAAGGUCAUGGAAAGAGUUCCGGGAGCAAGGGCGGCAAUGAGAACUCCAAGCGAAAAAGAGAAAUUUGUGAUGCUCUUGCCAAGACUGCAAAGAAACGAGGUAAAAAGCUGCCCUCUUGAUUUGCUUGGGAUGUGGUGGCAUUUUUCUCCUCUAUGCGUGGGUUCGUCCAAUGUUGUACUGUUGUACCAUGUUAACAAAUUGUUCAUAAGGUAUAACUGGGCACAUGGAUCAAUAUUUGUAUUGGUAAUAGGCUUUUUGAAUUUUAUCCAUUAGAGGUAUUCUGGUUGACUCAAUUGCUUGGGAGCAAGACUGAUCCACUCUUGUUCUAGAAAAAUACGGAGAGUUGAGAUCAGUUUAUAAUGUAAGGUGUUGUUGCUACAAUGUUCGUUAUAAUCUAGAGUAGGUGUAUU